AUGGGUGCCGAACAUGUCGGUAGCGUGCGACACGUCAAGUGCGACGAAGCCCCUGGAGUAUGCAACAACUGCCAGUCCACCGGCCGCAAAUGCGAUGGCUAUGAUCUGCAUCGCUUGCCUACCAAGAGGCAGAGCCUCACGUUCAUCCCUAAUGCCUUACCCCACUUGCCGUGGACAACCACCACAGACGAGCGACGAUGUUUUUCAUACUUUCAACGUUGCUCUAUCCCCGGUCUAGGGGCGCUCUUCGAAUCUCCUCUCUGGAGUAGAAUUAUCUUGCAGAUCAGCCAUGCUGAUCCCGCUGUGUACCAUGCCGCCAAUAUGCUUGGCGCUGUGCAUGAGGACUCAGCCGCAAAUAAAAUGCGCUUAUCUGGUGAAAAUCUCCGGCGAGCCCGUCAUCGCUUCGCAAUUCAACAGGCCUCGCGAGCAUAUUCCUACCUUUCGAAACGCCAGACAUCAAACGACCCUCAGUUUCGGGAAGUUAUGCUAGUAUGCUGCCUCCUUUUUGUCAUGUCGGAAUUGUUACUCGGACGAUAUCAAAAUGCCUUCCAGCAUUUGCAUAGCGGGCUUCAUAUCAUCAACGAGACACAAGAGCAUCAUCGAAAGCUUUGUCUCGACGACUCGUUGAUUCGGGUAUUUGAAAGACUCGAUAUUGAAUCCUCGCAUUUUGGGCCAGGCACCCCGUUCCUAUUCACCAACAAGAAGAUCAAUGAUGACUUGCAGAUUUUGGAUGUCUUUUCAAAAAUGGGGAAUGUAGCAGAUGUGAAACGAAGUGUUACCAGUCUGCUCAAUAUAGGCAUCCCCUUUCUUGCCCGGUGCUGGCCGUCCUCCGCCGCCGAAGUUGCAGCUGAAUACGACGAACUUUUCCAAAAGCAGCAAUAUAUUCUGCUCCUCAACUAUGAAUUUCAAAAACGUUUCAGUAUAUUCUAUUUUGAAUUCUAUAGCAGCCUCAGUCGCCGUGACCAGGGGUGUAUUGAUGUGCUUCAGGUUCAGAGCCUUGGCCAGAUUCUCAGUCUGAAGACUUGUCUCAUUAAAGGACCAGUACCUGAAAGCUUGACGCCAGAAUACAGAGCCCUGCUCUUAGCUGUUCAGGAUUUCAUGGCCAAGUUUCCCGACCGACCAACAUUUACAUUGGAUUAUGGUGUUCUCCCAACUUUGUGGGUGAUAGCCUCGCAAUGCCCGGAUUAUGCCAUUCGCUUAGAAGCAAUCCGCACAGUGCAAAGCUGGCCGCACUGUGAGGGGAUAGUUAACUCCAAUGUCAUUACCUCCAUGGCUUUAAAUAAUUUGAAGGCAGACUUGCGGAUCCCUGGCCAGCCAGAUAGCUCUAUUAUAGAUGCUGAAACAGAAGAGGAGCUGUCCAAAUUUUUGUUCGACAUGUUGAACUCAACUGAGCAGGCAAAAAAAUGGUCAUUCAUUCGCGGACACUAUGUGCUUCGGGGGGAAUGUCAUCAGUUGAAAUUUGAAAUCACAAAAUUGAUUUAA